GUGGAUUCUGUGUCAAUGAGUUCUGUGCAAACAGGGUCUUUAGUGAUGGCUACUGAGAUAGUGAAUAAUGAUGUUCUUGCGGGAGACAAUGAGGAGUUGGAGAUUUCGAAUGGCAUUGAGAAAUUAGAGAUAUCAAAUAGAAACGAUGACUUAUCUGCAAACUCUUCAUCUAUUAAAAAAGAUGAAGAAGGAGGCACAGAAGUUGCAAAGAAGAAAAAGAAGAAGAAUAAAAGCAAGAAAAAGGAGGCACUGAAGCAGACUGACCCUCCAUCUAUUCCUGUUGUUGAUCUUUUCCAAUCUAUGGAGUUUCCUGAGGGUGAAAUUCAACAGUACAACGAUGAUAAUUUGUGGAGGACUACUUCUGAGGAGAAGAGAGAAUUAGAGCGCCUCGAAAAGCCAAAAUAUAAUGCUGUGCGUCAAGCAGCUGAAGUCCAUCGUCAGGUUCGGAAAUAUAUCAAAAGCAUCUUGAAACCUGGAAUGUUAAUGGCUGACCUGUGCGCGACCUUGGAGAACACAGUUCGCAAGCUAAUUUCAGAGAAUGGUUUGCAAGCUGGGAUUGCAUUUCCUACUGGAUGCUCUCUGAACUGGGUUGCUGCUCACUGGACUCCCAAUUCUGGAGAUAAGACUCUCCUUCAGUAUGAUGAUGUGAUGAAGUUGGAUUUUGGAACUCAUAUUGAUGGAUAUAUAGUUGAUUGUGCCUUUACAGUGGCAUUUAAUCCUAUGUAUGAUCCACUUCUUGAAGCUUCUCGUGAAGCAACCAAUACAGGUAUCAAGGAAGCUGGUAUUGAUGUCCGUCUUUGUGAUGUUGGUGCCGCAAUUCAAGAGGUGAUGGAAUCAUAUGAGGUUGAAAUAAAUGGGAAGGUGUUUCAAGUUAAAAGCAUACGUAACUUGAAUGGACACAGCAUUGGGCCGUAUCAGAUCCAUGCUGGAAAAUCAGUUCCUAUUGUGAAAGGUGGGGAGCAAACAAAAAUGGAAGAGGGUGAAUUUUUUGCCAUCGAAACCUUUGGUUCUACUGGAAAAGGGUAUGUCAGAGAAGAUCUAGAGUGCAGCCAUUAUAUGAAAAACUUUGAUGCUGGACACAUUCCGCUGAGGUUGCCUAGAGCGAAGCAGCUGCUAGCUACAAUAAAUAAGAACUUCUCUACAUUGGCCUUCUGUAGACGGUAUUUGGAUCGCUUGGGAGAGACCAAAUAUCUGAUGGCGCUGAAGAAUUUAUGUGAUGCUGGCAUUGUUCAGCCUUAUCCUCCUCUAUGCGAUGUUAAGGGUAGCUAUGUGUCUCAGUUCGAGCAUACCAUAUUGCUGCGGCCGACCUGCAAAGAAGUUAUAUCUAGAGGUGAUGACUACUAAGGGGAAUUAGCUGAAAAGUUUUGUCAGUAAACAUCUUUGAUAUUUGUUUUUCUGUUGCAUGAGUCACUAAACCAUUAAUGUUGUAAUUUUAGCACUGUAACUUUGUGUUUCAAGACUCAUAAUUGGAAUUAAAAUUUCAGUAUCUUUGCUUU